ACAAACUGAAAUAUGUAUCAUAUAUUUGGAAAUACAACUUUCAUAUACUUGAAAUAACCAAAUGCACUCAUUAAAUCCAUCUAUUUCACAUAUUUUGAAAUAAAAUGUUUCAUAUAUUUUCAUGGAAUGGAAUAAGCAACUUGACAAACCUAGCAAAAUAUAUUUCAUAUAAUUGAACAUACCAGUUUAACAUAUUUGAAAAUAAUCACUUCAUACAAUGAAACAGCAAAAUCCACAUAUUUUAAAUAACCUCCUUGGAAUAAGCAAUUUGACAAACACAAUGAAAAUAGUUUGAGUGAAAUAAGUGGAUCAAAACAUUGAAAUUUAAACGUGUUUUAAAUAUAUACAAGCUUGCUCUAGUUCAAAAGGUCUUGGCAUAAAGAGUUCAAAUAUAUAAAGAAAUUCGAAAACGAAAUUAUAGUUAAAAAGGUAUGAUUGAUUGAAGUUGUCAAAGGGAAAAUAAAAUGUAGGGAUUUGUUGAGAUAAAGAUGAGAAAGAAUGGGUCUAUUCUGUGCAUGCACAUGCACUUUCGUAUGACACACUCAUACCUUUGUAUGACAAAACACUCGCAAUAGUAUGCAUGCGAGCCGUACACGCCAAAAAAGCUGUCAGAGAAAAUAAGAGAGAUACCCAAAUUAAGUGUAUACAGCUGAAUACAUGGAUAUACUUAUGGGAUGAUGGGACUCGAUGCGCAAAUCUCAGAGCAAACUGAACCAUGGAUGUUUCACCGGCAUGCACCGGAACCGGCAAAAAGAGCUUUCUGGGUUUGUUCCCGGUGCCGAGCGAGCUGUUCCGCUGCCGCACCGCCAGUCAUCUGUCCUCGUUGUUUCCUGUAAGCCGUAUUUUGCGUCAGCACCGUGUUUCUUUGGAAACUUUUUUUUUCUUUGCCUGCUUGUAGAAAAGUAAAACCAAUCGACCACCGAAUUUUGCUCUUCGAGUGCACCCCCCCCGCACACAUAGCUGCCAUCAGCAACUCUGUUGUUGAGUCGGGCAGACUUUUGUGUGACACACGCUGGGAUUCGUGCCAGGUCUGAAGCUAGUAAUUUUAGUUUCUAGACUAGAAUAGCUUAGUUUCUCCCACCAGCUGAAGCGUUCAUAUGCAGAUGGGGGGACCGCUGGUUUGGUUGUCCAAGUCCAAUCGCCCCCUGUCCGGAGUCAACCUCUCUCCCAUCGCCAACAACUCUCUUAAUUUGUUGUACCUAAACAAUUGCCCUCGCCAACCACUCUCUUAUUUUUUACUAAACAAUUGCCCUCGCCGACCACGAGAGGAUUAGAAUAAGCAGGGAAGAAUCCAAACUCUGGUGUAAAUUUGCUGCUGCUAUCAUCCUGUCAACGUCCACUGUCACGCAUUCGUGUGCCAUGACGAGAUGAGGGGUGAGGCCAACUGCCCAGCGUUUGCUUGUGCAACAUCCUUACGAGUCUUUUGAUUUGUUUUGUUCAGAAAUGGGUGCAGAAACCAUCUUAUCCGUUUGCUUAUGUCACCGGAUGCUUGCGUGGCAGCAAUUAGUUAAGUUCCAUGCGUGUUAUCAGUUUGCAGCCCUUCUGAUUUGAAGUUUUUUUCCUGCAUGUUUCACCGUCGAUCAAUUAUUUUAUCUCCUCCCUCUUCUUUUGCUUGGAUGGACACUUGUACGUCUAUAUAUAACACCCCUCUUGCUACUCACAAGGCACAACUACCCCACAUAUACAUCCGCCAUUGAUACAGAGCCUCUCUACAUUUCUGCGCAGCUCAGCUCUCUGGCAUUCCUCCUUUCGGUGACCCAUCUCUGCACGCUCCCACCGUCUGCCAACCCCCGCAGGUGACACCUUGUGUAUGUAUACAAUCAUUUCCUCCUCUGGCCGCAACAACUAUCUACUAGUACGUUUCCGUGUUUUUGGCGAUUAACUGCGUUGUGCAAAUCGAUUCCCCUUCCUGCAUGUAGCAUCCUCAAACAUCGUUAGUACUGCCACAUCAGUGCCAACGUACGUGAAGAUGAACGCAGCCGUCAGUGCAGCAUUGUCGGUGGUGGCCAAGGCCCUAGCUCCGGUUUCGGGCAGCUUGCUUGAGGCUUGGGCUGCCAGCAAUGAGCUUGGCCCCAGCAUUGACAGCCUCAAGACGGAGCUGUUGUACACGCAGGCCACGCUGGAAACUUCCUGUGACCGAAAGAUCGAAGGCCCGGCCCUGGAGAAGCUGCUGCAGAAAAUGCGGGAUUCCGCGCACAAUGCCGAGGACGUACUUGAUGAGCUGGAUUACUUUAGAAUCCAGGACGAGCUCUAUGGCACCUAUGAGGCUGCCGCCAAGCACGCCAAGGGUUGCGGCCACAACCUCGUCCUCAAUGCACAACACACCACCAAAGCUCUAGGCAAACUGUUGGCAUGCUCAUCCGCUGCCAGCCCUCGUCAUCUUGGAGAAGAAGAUGCAUCACAACACUGUUCCAUUUGGCCACGUGCCAAGCACAGGUCACACCACAAUUCCUCCUCAACGCCAAUCUCUAACAUGAGGAAAUUGGGUAAACUCUUUCCUUGCUCGUCUUUCCCACCUGAUCAUGAUGAAGAUGAUUCUAGGAAGUUAAUCCUCUGUGGUGCCUGCAUCCGCAAGGCUCCACACAAAAAUCAGUUCGAAGAAACACCAAAGUUGGGGUUUGAUAGGGUGCAUGUCUCUAAUAGAAUGAAACAAAUCGUAGAGCAACUACGGUCCAUGCGUCAAGAGGUUUCCACCAUUUUACUAGGUUGCGGCCGUAGCAUUGCUCCAGACAUUGCCCAUAGUCGUCCCAUCACCACCUCUGAAAGUGUAGAGCCAGAAUUGUACGGGAGAGACCUUAUAAUGAAUAGCAUCAUACAUCACAUCACUAAGGGUAAAUACUGUGGCAAAGACCUAACUGUGCUUCCGAUUGUUGGUGUGGGGGGCAUAGGAAAGACAACUCUGACACAACACAUAUAUCAUAGCCAAGAAAUCCAAAUACAUUUUCCAGUCAUUAUUUGGGUGUGUGUUUCUCUCAGUUUUAAUCCAAUUAAGCUGCUUCAAGAGAUUGAAGGAAAAAUUCCUAAAGUUGAAGGGGAAAAGGAGGGUACAGCAGGAGAGCUAAUUCAACAAAGAUUAAGAUCUAGAAGAUUUUUGCUUAUAAUGGACGAUAUGUGGGAAUGCACUAACGAGGAUGACUGGAAAAGGUUAUUGCUGCCAUUAAGAAAAUCACAAGAAAAUGGUAAUGUAAUUAUUCUCACAACCCGGUUACCAGAGCUAGCACAAAUGGUUAAAACAACCGAUCAUUCAAUAGAAUUGGGAGGUUUACACCCAGAAGAGUUUAGGAAGUUAUUCCUAGCUUUUGUCUUCGGUGAUGAGCAAUGUAAAAGGGAUCAUACUUUGUUGCUUCGGACUGGAGAUAAGAUAAUGGAAAAACUAAAGGGAUCCCCUCUUGCAGCCAAAACAGUUGGUAGAUUACUGAGAAACCGUCUUGAUUUGUACCACUGGAGAAAAAUCCUAGAGAGUAAAGAAUGGGAGACGCAGAGCAGUGAGCAUGACAUUAUGCCUGCCUUGAAGCUUAGUUAUGACUAUCUUCCUUUUCAUCUGCAACAAUGUUUUUCCUAUUGUUCAUUGUUUCCGGAAGAUUACAAGUUCGACAGCAAAGAGCUAAUUCACUUGUGGAUAGGACUAAAUAUUUUACCUUUUGGUUGUCGAAACAAAACAGUUGAAGAUAUAGGUCUGAGCAAUUUAAAUGAUUUGGUCACCCAUGGAUUUUUCAGAAAAGAAAAAACCAGUGGACAUUCAUAUUAUAUUAUCCAUGACCUGUUACAUGAUUUAGCAUUGAGGGUUGCAUCUCAUGAAUGUCUUACCUUACACCAUUCUAAUGUGAGAUCAGUAGAAAUUUUCCCAUCCAUCCGUCACUUGUCUAUUAUCAUAGAUAGUGUAGAUGAUAAUAAUAUGGUUGAAAACUUUAAGAAUGAAUUGAGAAAACUGAAGACAAGAUUAAGGGUUGAAAAUUUGCAAACUUUAAUGUUAUUUGGAGGAAUGGAUAAGAGUUUUGCUGUCAUAUUUGGUGUUUUGUUUAGGGAAGCAAAUUCUUUUCGUGUUCUUCGCUUACCCAAAAUGCCUGAUCCUGUGGAGUCCAUGUUACACAACUUUUCAGCACUUGUCCACCUACGGUACCUAAGUCUAGGGACAAUACGUGGAAGCCAGGUUCAUUUACCAAAAACCAUUUCUAGAUUUUAUCAUCUGAGGAUUCUAGAUCUACACGGAUGGCAUGGCUGUCCUGAUUUGUCUAGAGACAUGUGCAACCUUACCAAAUUAUGCCAUUUCCUUACCAUGCAUGAUAAGCUUCAUUCUCAUAUUUAUAAUGUUGGAAAACUAGAACUCUUGCAAGAGUUAAAGGCAUUUGCAGUCAACAAAGAAAGUGAAGGGUUUGAGCUAAAUCAACUAAAGCAUUUGAUCGAGCUAAGGGAGGUUGGCAUUUAUAACCUUGAAAGGAUACACACAAAAGAAGAAGCAGUCGAAGCAAAACUAAUAGAAAAAGACUACUUGCACACACUGACGUUAGACUGGGAUAAUGAGCGAUCUAAUACUGAGCCUGAUGUGGAAGCCGUGGUUCUUGAGAACCUUCAACCACAUAGAAAUCUUCAAGAGUUGUGCAUUAGAGGGCACAAAGGUCCUUCUUGUCCAACGUGGUUGGGUGGUAAUCUUGUUGUUGAAGCUAUACAAUCUCUUCAUCUUGUUGGUGUUUCUUGGGAUGUUUUUCCUUCUUUUGGGAAGAUGUGGAAUCUUUGUGAACUAACAUUGGAGCAUACUUCCACUAUAAAAGAGUUUGUGCUAGAGCAAAGCUUUCACGGGCUAAUAAGGCUUACACUCGUUGGCUUAGAAAGUUUUGAAAAAUGGGUACCACAUGACACUCAUGUGUUCCCUCUUUUGCAAGUACUGAUUCUUAAAGAAUGUCCUAAACUCUUGGAGUUGCCAUGUUUAAGACACAUUCUUUACCCACAGGAGCAAGACUGGAACAUAGAUUGGUUUCCCAAACUACAAGAGCUCGAAAUAGAAAAUUGUCCUGAAGUCUUGUCAUUGCCUCCUAUCCCCUGGACCCGAACUUUAUGCUCUGUGAAGAUAAAACAUGUGGGAUCUAAACUAGUGGAAAAGUUGGAAUACUCAAAAUCAUCUUCUGGGGUAGCAUUGAAAAUUGUUGGAAAGGAGGAUCUGCAUAGCUUAUGUCAGCUAUUAGUAUUCGAUAAAUUAAAAGAGCUUCAGAAAUUGAAAAUUGAGAAAUGCCCAUCUUUGGAGUUGAAGCACCUUGUAAUGCUAACCUCAUUAAAGGAAUUGAUUGCUAAAAGACCAGUUGCUCUGGUUGGGCCAAUAGGAGAUCAUGGUGGUAUUGAAUGGCAGCAUCUUGUCGAGCAUUUUACGAUCAUAUCUUGUGGUGUUAGUGGGAAAGAAUUUAGCCAACUCCUCUCGCACCUCCCAAAGCUCUCUGUAUUGGUAAUAGUAAAUUGUGAAAACAUAACACAAUUGGUUGUUGGGGUGGAUCGACAACAAACAACAAUAGAAGUACCAUCAUCCAGCUCUUUGGAUGUUAAAAUGGAGUAUUCAAGAGCAAAAGGCGAGAAGCAGAAAAUAGUCGAAGAGGAGGAGGAAGAUGAAUUACUGGGAGAAGAGGAGAAAGCAGCAGAGAAAGAUGACGGGUUGUUGGUCUUGCCUGCACAUCUCUAUAACUCUCUACAGAGGUUGAACAUUAAUUCUAUUGGGCGUAAUUGCAUGGUGGUUCCCCCUCUCCAUGCCCUCCAAGCUUUACGCACCCUCGAGCUAGAUGGAUGCUCAUUACCGUCAUAUUCUUCUUCUUGUCACCCUUUCCCUUCCACUUUGUUAGAACUCGUUCUUUGCCAUGUAGAAGGCAUGGAGACGUUGGAGCCCCUCUCAAACCUCACCUGUCUCACUCGAUUAGAUAUAAAUGAUUGUGGAGAUAAUUUAAGAUGGGAGGGCCUGUUGCUUCUCCAUACCCAAGGUCAACUUCGUCAUUUAGUCGUCUGUGGAAGCCCCGAUUUCUUUGUUGGUUUGCAUCCCAGUCCAGGGCUGAAGGAUGAACAAGAGCAGUCGCUUCCCAGUUCCUCCAAACUGGGGUUGCUCAUGACAGAUGAUGUGGCAGGAGUCCUCAUAGCACCCGUCUGCAGCCUCCUCUCUUCCUCCCUCACUCAGUUGUUUAUUUAUGGUGACCAAGAGGUGGGGCACUUCACAAAGGAACAAGAGGAAGCCCUUCAGCUCCUCACCUCCCUCCACGAACUCGAGAUUAUGAAAUGCUACAAGCUGUGGUGCCUCCCUGCAGGGCUAAACAAGCUCACCAACCUCAAAUUAUUAAGGAUCGAUUCAUGUCCAUCUCUCCAGUCACUGCCCAAGGGUGGCCUCCCGAUUUCACUGCAAGGAUUAGAUGUCAGAAAUUGUGGCAGCAUGAAGCUAAAACAGCAGUGCAGGCGGUUAACUGGGACAAUUCUGGAAAUCAUACUUGAGUAAUAUACUAGUCCAAGAUCUUUGUCUUGGAGUUGUACACUCUUCUAGCCUUGUGGAACUGUCUCCAAUCCAUCCAUUUACAGUUGACACAUGAGGGUCUUGUGUGCUACCUUUUUCCAGUACAUAAAUCUGGUGUUCUUGUGUUUGUUCGAUCUGGUGGUUUCUAGAUAGUUCAGAUUCAGAUUUUGAUCGUCAUUUAUCCAAACUUGGUUCGGCUGUGAGGAUCAAAAGAUCAGCAUCGAUAAUGAUGGAAUAAAUGAGAUUCGGCGAUUUCCCACUGAAAUUAAGGAACUUUGCAAGAAUAACCUUCAUACCAUAUCAUACCAGUGCUUGUGCAGAACCACUUCAGAUCUUGGGCUGUCAUUAAUUGAUUCAACAAUGGUUUCUUAGGUUCUUGAUUGACGUGACAUGUGGUAAAACUUUGCAAAAGCAACAAUUUAGUAGGAACAUAUUGGUGAAGGUGUAACUCCUACUUGUGCUUACGAUGGAAGGUUAGUAAAUCCCUGCGGAAAUUCAUGAUCGCUUUAGCUACGCUAGAUUGUAUUCAAUGUGCAAUUGUCAAACUCUUGUUGCCUCAUGAGACCUAGGUCAAAGAACUUGCUGCUGUCUUGAUAAGUUGGCACUCUAACUUUUGAGCACGCUCAUAAUCUCUGAAUUCAUUGCCAUGCUGAGUUAAAUAACAUAAGAGAGCUUUCAGCUGAUACAUAUAGUUGUAAGGGUUGAGAAUACUUGUUGUUAGGUGAUUGAUGAACAUCGAUUGAGCAAAAACAGUCUGUCUUGUUAAUCUUUAUUCAUAUAGCCCCCAAGUUAAGUAUGGUGAAGUUGAUUUUAUUCUCAACUUAAUCCAGAAUAUUUUCUGUGCCACCAAUGCCAAAAUCCGAGCAGAUUUCGUGAGCCUUGAUUAUUGCAAUCUGAAUAUUUCGUGCGUAUUGUUGAGUUUGAUGUUCCUCUAGUGUGAACUCUUUCAAAGCCAGUCAUUCUUUUUGCGUAACUCAUUUUCGACACUUGGCAUUGCAUUCCUUCAUCAAGAUAUAUAUCACAUACUCCACUGGCGUACAUACACAAAUCUCAAAAAUUAAACCAUUUCUUCCAUGUGUUCACACCAUACCUACCUAUAUAGCGCAUCUCUUGCUAUUCCAUAUUAGUUGAUUAUUCCAUAAGCACACUCAUGAAAGUUCGAGAAGAUUCAAAAGAGCUUUAUUGUCAUCGUCAUCAACCCUCCAAAUUUCAUCAUUCUGAAAUGACACCUCUCUCACACAAAAAUGAAAAAAGAAAGAAAAGAAAAAGAGAGAGGGGCACCAUUUCAAGAGGAAGAAAUAGUCUGUGUCACUUCCAUAUUCAUGUGCAGAAUGGCUAAUCCUACUACUACCUAUGCAAUAUCGAUAACGGGAACAUCACUCACAUCCUGGGGUCACCUUUACAUUGCAUAGGCCUCUCAAUCAUUUCUUUGGCGUGAGUCUAUUCCCUCCCACAUCCCCUAGACACUACUUUUUCUAAUGACUGGAAUGUAAGGACUUCUUGCACUGGAGUUGAACUCUUAUUUAGCUUUACAAUCUAGAUUUCAGAUUUGCCCAUUCUUUGAAUUACCCUACCAAGCUCCAGAUAAGCUUUCCACAUAUAUAAAGUCGAUAGUGAACACAUCGGCCACUGGCCAGUGAGGAGUAUAAUUAUGUGAUGAGAGUAAUUCCGGAUCAUGACGAGGUAAUUUCGCUAGAUACCUCCUCUCGGAAGGUUCGCAAAUGAAUAAAAUUAUUGGCUGCUCUUGUUUUCUUUUGUUCUUGACAUUGAAGUCAAACCUCCUAGUUACCUGUGUUCAAAACUUGAUCGCUAUAUUGUUGAUGCUGUUCGCUCUCAUAAAAUGGAACCCAUUCCGUACUGGCUAUGAAUAGGAGUUGUUAUUUAAGCUUGUGCUCAAUUGUUAGCCUGCUACUUUGAUAAGUUUGCAGUAAGUGCCUCGACCCGAAGUUUACGAGGAUUACAGUAAUUGUUUGCACAUGAGCACUUGUUUGCAAUCUCGCUAUGCUAAGCUUUCAGGUAUUUCACAAGCACGUGGGCAAGUUGAAUCAGGAGCCUAAAUCCUCUGGCCUGUCAUCUGCCACAAUUUGAGACUCUUUCUCGAGUGAAGAAUCGGAAAGGGAGAAGACUGAGAUGAAUCAUAGCUUUUGAUCUCUUUGUAGCCACUUGCUUCCUAACAAUGUUAUAAGCAAGAGAAAAUGGGGUUUCCUCGCCUGUUAUUUCCCUUCUAGCUUCAGUCUGUAGUAGGCUGUCGAUGAAUGGUACGGAAACAGGACAAUUUUUUCAUUUGUUCUUCUCGGUGUGGACAUCAACAUUCAGUGUAAUGUGCAACAUCUUCAUAUCUGAAUCUAUGCUUGCAUGUCACAGUGGUUACCUGUGCUAAAACGUAAA